GGAUCAGGUUCUGGGUGGCCAGUAGACGCACAAUCACAGAGCUGCUGGGAGGAGGAGGAAGAGGAGGCACUCCUUUUUUCUGCUGUAGUUUCUACUUUUACUCUACCAGAGUCUAUUUGCAUGUUUGGAUGAUCAGUAACUUGGAGGCUUUGCUCAUUUGGAACCUUAUUGCUAUUUAGAAAACUUUUUGGUGUCAUUUUCUUAAAAUACUGUGUGGUGUUUUUUCUUUUUGAUUUUUUUUAGGAUCAAUUUAUACCCUAAAACAAAUAUUUAUAUUUACUACUCAUGGUGGUUUAGUGCAUCACUGGUUCUAUCCAGGGAUCUUUCAGCAUAGCUUUGCUCGGAAACACAAGACAGUUCAUGCAGCGCUAUCGCCAAUAUGGCACCUCCUAUGCCACCUCCACCGCUCCAGCUCCUGUAGAGGAGAUCCACGCAGAGGAGGAAGAGGUGUACAUUGAAGAGGAGGUGUGCGAUGAAGAGGAGGAACCCCUGAUAGAGGAGGAAAUGCAGCCUGUGGUGGGGGAGGCAGGAGGCGUUAACGAGAAGGACGUACCACGGAUGGAGGAGCUGGUUGUCCAGGAAACCGAGGGGAAGACGCCGCCUGUGGAGAGCAAAAAUGGAAAGAAGACAGAGGGAGGAGGAGGAGGAGGUGCUGCAGGAGGUUCAAAGUACACCAUGUUCACCUGGUUUGUGGUGCUGGCUCUGAUGGGAGUCUGGAGCUCUGUGGCGGUCGUCUACUUCGACAUCGUGGAUUAUGACAGUGUUAUUGCCAGAGCUAAGGAGUUUCGUAUGAACUUUUCUGAAGUUCUACAAGGCAAGCUGACAGCCUACGACACAGAUGGCGACGGAGAUUUUGAUGUGGAAGAUGCUAAAGUUCUGCUCGAUGAGAAGAAGUUAAAAGGCCAUGCUCUCCGAAGAGACAGGCUGGGAAAAGAGAACAAGAAAGACGUGAAGAAGAGAGGUAGAAGUAAAGAAGAGAAGAUGGUAGAGGACACUGAUGAAGACGUUAAACUUUCGAAAGAAGAAGCUGGAGAUAAAGCAAACACAACAACAGUUCGUCCCAGCAUUGGGGGUGCCAAGCUGCGCUCGGCUUUAAGAAAAGAGCUGAGGAUGAUCCACGAGAAGAUGGAGGCGAAGAGGAUCGCUCGCAUUGCUCUGGCCGAGAUCAGGACCUUCCUGGCGGAGGAAGAGGAGGAGAGGGAGGCGGCCUGGGGCAUGAAGAUGAAGGUGUUGGAAGAGGCCCAAGAGCAACUUAAAGAGGGGAAGAGAAAGGAGGCGGAGAGGGUGGAGAAAGAAAAGGAAGAAAGGGAAAGAAUGGAGAAGGAGAGAAUGGCUCAGGGAAAGGCAGAAAAAGAGAGACAGGAAAUGGAGAGACUGGCUAAAGAAAAAGCUGCCAGGGAAGAGCAGGAACGACUGGAGAGGGCUGAAAAACAAAGGAUAGAGCAAGAGCGCCUUGCCAGGGUAGAAAAGGAAAAGGCAGAGAAAGAGCAACAGGAGAAGGAACGAAUGGAAAGGGAGCAAGCUGAAAGGGAAAGGAUAGAGAGGGAACGCAUCGCAAGAGAAAGAGAAAGGUUAGAGAAGGAAAGAUUGGCGAAGGAGAAACUUGAGAAAGAGAGGAUUGCUAGAGAGAAAGAAGAGAAAGAAAGGCUGGAGAGGGAACGUAUGGCCCAAGAGAAGGAACGACAAGAAAAAGAAAGGAUUGCUAGAGAGAAAGAAAGGCUGGAGAGGGAACGUUUGGCCCAAGAGAAGGAACGACAAGAAAAAGAAAGGAUUGCUAGAGAGAAAGAAAGGCUGGAGAGGGAACGUUUGGCCCAAGAGAAGGAACGACAAGAAAAAGAAAGGAUUGCUAGAGAGAAAGAAAGGCUGGAGAGGGAACGUUUGGCCAAAGAGAAGGAACGACAAGAAAAAGAAAGGAUUGCUAGAGAGAAAGAAAGGCUGGAGAGGGAACGUUUGGCCAAAGAGAAGGAACGACAAGAAAAAGAAAGGAUUGCUAGAGAGAAAGAAAGGCUGGAGAGGGAACGUUUGGCCAAAGAGAAGGAACGACAAGAAAAAGAAAGGAUUGCUAGAGAGAAAGAAAGGCUGGAGAGGGAACGUUUGGCCAAAGAGAAGGAACGACAAGAAAAAGAAAGGAUUGCUAGAGAGAAAGAAAGACUGGAGAGGGAACGUUUGGCCCAAGAGAAGGAACGACAAGAAAAAGAAAGGAUUGCUAGAGAGAAAGAAAGGCUGGAGAGGGAACGUAUGGCCCAAGAGAAGGAACGACAAGAAAAAGAAAGGAUUGCUAGAGAGAAAGAAAGACUGGAGAGGGAACGUUUGGCCAAAGAAAGGUCGGAAAGGGAGAGACUAGAGAGAGAGCGUAUUGCUAAGGAAAGGGAAAGAAUUGCCAAGGAGAAGGUAGAAAAAGAGAGGAUGGAGAGAGUGUCAAAAGAAAAGGAGGACAGGGAACGCAUUGCCAGAGAAAGAGCUAGAAUUGCACAGGAGAAGGAGAGGUUAGAGAAAGAAAGAGAACGUGUCGAGACGGUAAAAGCAGAGAAAGAAAUGGCUGCUAGGAAAGAGAGGGAGAAGAUGGCGAGGGAACAAAUGAUGAAGGAACGGGAGAAAGAAAGACUGGAGAAGGAGAUGGCAGUGAAGGAAAAGUUUGAACGUGAGAAGGCUGAGAGGGAAAACAUGAAUAGAGCGAAGGAACUGAUGGAGAAGCAGCAACUAGCCAGAGAGAAAGCUCUGCGGGACAAGAUGGAGGCGGAGAGGCUGGCAAAGGAGAGAGCAGAGAGGGAACGAAACAUCACCAAGAACGACGUGAAGAGACGAGAGCUUCCAGAAAGGAAACACAACGCCACCCAGCUGAAGCCUCCUGUAGUAGAGGCUGAGAGAGGGAGCGCGACGGCAGUCAGGAGGGAGAAGAGUGUCGUAGCUGAGAAGAAGAAUGCAAAGUGAAGGCAUCACAGUUGGUGGAAGGGUCAUGAUUCCACAACCAUGAACCAGAUCAAUGAAAGAGAUGGAAAAGUGAUUAAGCACCAGGCUGAGAAGCUGAUUCACAUGGUUUUUGCUGAAUUUGUUUGGUCAGAAGGGCCGUUGUACCUAUUCUAUUCUAGUCUUUAGCAGAGUCUUUUCUCCACAGCGACUUAAAUCUGAAGGUGGAUAGGCAGUAGCCUUAAGGGUCUUGCCUUGGGAAACAGAUGCCCAGCCAACUGAGCUAUCCAGCCUCCAAAUACCUGUAUCCACCAAACAGUGAAGGGACGAUGUGCUAACGCUUUAAAGCCCAACCCAAGAAUUAUUCUGCAAACUGAAGUCUUUAUUUUGCCCUCUGACAAAAAUGUGAAUAAAACCCAAAGCAAAACAAAAAUAACUAAGGUGUGGUUUAUUACCAUGUUAAAUGUCAGAAUUAUUGUAGAGCAAGCCUUAUGCACCAGAGCGCAAAAGACUAAUAUCAGAUGGUAUACAGCAGGGUUUUGAGUUUUUACCAUAAAGUGAUGCAAUAGGUCUUAGAAAUGGUACAAAUCAUAAAGGACUUGCACCGCUUAGUUAAACCACAGCUGGUGUUGAACACAGUCAAGGAAAGUCAAGCAGACUUUUGGCUCUGAUUAAAGAAAAUUUGAAAAAUAUGACAGUUGACACUCACGAAUCAACCUCUGUGUUCAUAAGAAAAUAUGUUCGUUUUUUAAUUAAAGUCUCUUGAACUUAAUGGUUUACAAAAAAUCACCUUUAUGAAAUCUUAGUUGACUAUUCCCAAAAAGAUUUAGAUAAACAAUUUAAAAGUCUGUCUGGUGAUAUUUAUGUCAGAAUUUUAGUAGAAUUUAUUGGAAAUUAAUACAGAAAUUUUAGAGAAAGAUCUUAAUGAUCUUAGACACCAAUCUAAAUAAAAAACUUAAUAAAUGAAAACAUUGUGCUUGAUGUAUUUAGUGUCUUUCUCCAGUUUCCUUGUUGGCUUUGAUGAAGAAUAGAAGUGAAUAAGAAAAGUUGUAAAGUUUCAUCCUUUACUUCAGUCUUUAUCUCUUUUCUGUGCCCUUUUAAACACAUAGAUGUGGCUGUGCUGUGUGACACUGAACCAUUUAACAGUAUGUUUCAGAUGCUGCGUGUGUGUGUGUGUGUUUUAGGAUUAUAUCUCCAUGUCUUUUUAGUUCUCAUUAAAUGUCUUCUUUAGGACUUUUUACAAAUGAAUGACAUUGUUAGCAUUAUCUCGUAGCUUGGCCACAGCUGCAGUGUUUUUGCCAUGUGUGUUUUUGGCUGUUUCCACCGGGGAUCUUUGUCAUCAGGGCUUUAAAACUGGAUUUAAACUUUGAAUAAUAAAUGUUGUUUUUCAAGUCCUUGAUUUGUUUUUUACUUGAUCAUGUAAUAGGAAAUAUUAAUGUGGGAAAAAUUCUAGUGUGUUGAGAAUUUUCUGAGUAAUGAAGAUUGUUUCCUCUUCCUCUGUUCAGUCCUAUCGGCCUCUAGCACUGCUUCCUCCUGAGCUCUUAUCGGCUUCAUUUUCCUCCACACAGACAUUAUCCUGAGCUCCUCACUGCCGUUUGUUUUAACUCAGAGUUUUCUGUUAACUGUGAACCAUAUCAGUUCAACAUGAUGCAUAUGCUGGUGUUCUUCUAUUGUUUUCAUGCAUUUCACACCUGUUAGAGUGAAAAAACUCUUUUUUUGGUGUGUAUAUGUUUCACUUUAACAAAAUUUAUUAAUUAAUAAUUCUCUAAAUCAUUAUAUUACCUUAACGUUUUCCAGGAGUAACUGGAUCUUGUAAAAGAUGCACGAAUGGGCAAUUUUUGCUGCAUGUUGAACAGAUUAGACUCACGUAUGUAGAAAUCAGAUUAUUAGUCUUUCUAUCCUAACCUGAGAUAUCCUCAUGUUCAUCUCAUUAAACUGUUGUCGACCAGUGGUUGUAUCAUACAGUAUGCACGCUGCAGCUUGCUCUUAAACUGGACAACUUUCAGCAGCUUUCUUGAAGUAAAACAGUCUGAUUUUGUUUUCAUGACUCAAACUAUCAGUGACAAAAACCUUUCACCCAUCAGAGAAACUGAUUAGUUUUCCAGAUGUUUCAGCCUGACCUUGUGUACAGAUGCUGUGUUCCCACAUAAUUUCCUCAACAAGCACCAAGACCAAGGAUAGGAGGCGCUUUUAAAAAGGUUAGACAAAGAGAGUCAAAGCUACAGGCAGUGUGUUUGCACUUUACACAUUUUAAUUUGAUUUAAAUAAUCUUAGGGAUGUCUGCUCUGUGAUUGAGGCUCAGUAGAGGAAAACAGAGACUGGCUGAUGUGCACCAAGACUCU